GCCUCGCAUAUCGCAGGAGCUGUGGAGAUAGUCACAGGCACCGCCAGUUGUCCUCGUGACGCCGCCACCGCUUGUACACGUCACAGAGCUCCUGUCAGCAUGAACGUCGUUCCUUCCGUCUGGAUCCCGUACCCUCGGCCCACAGUCAGUGUGGAGUUGCGCUGUGGGGUUCUCUACAGCGGUUGUCAGUGCACCAAGAGGAACGGACUCCAGCAGGACUGUCCCCGCAGCGAAUGUCAGGGGCGCCCCUCCUGCCUGGACUACCCAGCGCCCACGUGUGUGCCCAGCGGCAAUGCCCCGCGCCCCUACCUCUCGCCCAGCGAGCUGCAGAGCACCCGAGACUCCCACCUGGAUAGGUACGGCAGAGUGGGUGACCACUACAUCAAGUAUAAGCGGAAACUGGACCGGAAGUACCUCGACUUGGGAAAAACGGGGUACGUUCAACACCCUGGGGUCUCGGCUAGAGACAACAUACCUUGCCGCGUGCACAGGAGGGAGUAACUCAUCCACACGGGAUAUGAUUCCGAGUUAGGAUUUCGGGUUAGAAAACAAAUAUUGAAUGGUAUAUACAGAUGUUUAGGUGAAUCAUAACUUAUGAUGAGCCUGUCUUCAGCCAUUGUUUCACCAAAUGAACAUAGAGUUCUUGUGAAGGGUGCACACAAUAUCCACGGGAAGAAGACGACUUAGCUUACAGACAUUUAAAUCACCCAACAAUUAUUAUUAGUUCAUAACUUAAUCUCAGAACUGCGCUUAGUUAAAAAUGAGAAUAAACAAUAUUGUUGCAUAGUCUAGUUUGCAUUCACACACGGUUAAAAUUACUUUUUUUGUAUCCUGAAAAAUAUUUAGUUUAAUGUAAGUUCAGUUAGCACGUGAAUAUACAAUGUGUCAUUUAUUUUUUAUGCAGUCUAUAUAUUCUUCCAAUGCUCAUUUAAUUAAAUAUAGGCUACUAUAUAACCUAUAAAUGUAUCGAAUCGAAGUAGGUGUAUCAGUUCCUUUAGUCUAUUUCAAUUACAAAUGUGAUGUUUUUCACUGUUUAGUGUUUAGGAAGCAUACUUACCUAUUAAUAAAAUGAUUACAAUACA